AUGUCGUCACCGCAACAACGGCUAUCGUCCAUCACCAAGCAGCUGUCUCCUGCUGGUGUUUCGGCCGCGCGAGCCAACAUCCUCGCUAAGAACCCAGAUGAUGUGGUGAUCACUUAUCUUGCCAGAACGCCCCUGACCAAGGCGCGCAAGGGUGGUCUUAAAGAUACCUCAGUCGAUAACCUCUUGAUUUCUCUUCUCACUGCCGUCCGCGAGAAUUCCAAAAUCGAACCCAGCCUCGUCGAGGAUGUCUCUGUCGGCAACUGUCUUGCCCCCGGCGCCGCAUACUUGGCCCGGUCCGCUGUUCUGGCCGCUGGAUUCCCCGUCACCACAGCCGCCUCGGUGUCCAACCGGUUCUGUUCGUCGGGCCUGUUGGCCGUUCAAAACAUUGCCAAUCAGAUCAUCGCCGGAUCGAUCGAUGUUGGUAUCGCUGUGGGCGCAGAGAGCAUGAGCACCAAUAACGAUGGUGGUGCUCCCGAGAUGGCCGAGCGGAUCAACAAGCACCCCGUCGCUUCGCAGAACUACAUGCCCAUGGGCCAGACUUCAGAAAAUGUGGCGGCACAGUUUGGCAUCACCCGCGAGCAACAUGACCAGUUCGCUGCGAAGAGUUUCCAAAAGGCCGAGCACGCACAGAAGGCGGGCUGGUCACAGGAUGAGAUCAUCCCGAUCAAGACACAAGUCAAGGAUCCCAAGACGGGCGAGGUCAAGGAUGUCGUGGUCGAUCGCGACGAUGGCGUCCGUUACGGGACCACGCCCGAGUCCCUGAGCAAAGUGCGCGCAGCAUUCCCGCAGUGGCAGCCUAGUGCGACGACCGGCGGCAAUGCCAGUCAGAUCACGGAUGGUGCGGCGGCUUUGCUGUUGAUGAAGCGAUCGCAGGCCCAGAAGCUGGGUCAGCCGAUUAUUGGCAAAUUCUGCGGUGCGACUGUUGCAGGUCUGGAGCCUCGUAUCAUGGGUAUUGGCCCUACGUUGGCGAUUCCCAAGAUCUUGAAAAAAUUCGGCCUGACCAAGGAUGACAUUGACAUCUUUGAGAUUAAUGAGGCUUUUGCUUCAAUGGGUGUCUACUGUGUGAGCAAAUUGGGGCUUGACGAGGCCAAGGUGAACCCUCGAGGCGGUGCCAUUGCGUUGGGGCACCCCUUGGGAGCGACUGGUGCCCGUCAAGUGGUGACUGCAUUGUCAGAAUUGCGUCGUCGCGAUCAGCGUGUGGCUGUUACGUCGAUGUGUAUUGGAACUGGUAUGGGCAUGGCUGGUAUUUUUGUGUCCGAGCAUUAA